GGGGAAUCGGCCAUGUGAGGCUUCCCGGCGAGGAGGGGGAAGCUGGUGGUGGGGCGAAGGCAAGGAGCUCCCAGUGUCCUUUGAGGAGGUGACUGUGGGCUUCUCCAAGGAGGAUUUGCCUCUGCUGGAUCCAGGGUAGGGGGCUCUCUGUACAAGGAAGACGUGAUGGAGGAUUAGAGUCUGGGAUGUGUGGGAGAAAACAAAUGGAACAAGCACAUCAAGUCUCUGAGGAAAGUGAUAACUGGCCAGACAUGGAAGAGGAUGUUGGGGAUCAAAAUGGGAUGAAUCAGCUGGAAGAAAACCAAAGAAAUCAAGAGAGAAGUAAAUACCUGGAUGGUGACCUCCAUGCAACUACUGUAGAAGAAAAAAACCUGAAAGAAGAGGGAGAGACAAAAUGGCCUGUGAAUGGGAAAAUAUUCAGUUGUGAAUCAACCCUUGAUGACCACACAGCAAAGAAACGAUAUAAAUGCCUUGAGUGUGGAAAGAGUUUCAGGGACAAUUCUGGUCUUCUCAGCCAUCAAAGAACACACACAGGGGAGAAACCAUUUGAAUGUCUGGAAUGUGGAAAAGCAUUUCGUUGGAGGGGGGGUCUUACUGUACAUCAGAGAAUCCACUCAGGGGAGAAACCAUUUCAGUGUUUGGAGUGUGGAAAGAGUUUCAGGGACAAUUCUGGUCUUCUCACCCAUCAAAGAACACACACAGGGGAGAAACCAUUUGAAUGUCUGGAGUGUGGAAAAGCAUUUCAUUUGAGGCGGGGACUUACUCUUCAUCAGAGGAUCCAUUCAGGGGAGAAACCAUUUCAGUGCUUGGACUGUGGAAAAAGCUUCAUCCAGAAGGGUAACCUUCAAAUGCAUCAAAGAACUCACACAGGGGAAAAACCAUUUCAAUGUCUGGAGUGUGGAAAGAGUUUCAAUCAACAGGGAAAACUUACUAUUCAUCAGAGAAUUCACACAGAAGAAGAGCCCCGAUAUAAAUGCCUCGAGUGUGGAAAGAGUUUCAGGAGCAAAGCCGAAGUUAUCGCCCAUCAAAGAACUCACACAGGGGAGAAACCAUUUGAAUGUUUGGAGUGUGGAAAAGCAUAUCAUUGGAGGGGGGGACUUACUGCCCAUCUGAGAAUCCACUCAGGAGAGAGACCAUUUCAAUGCUUGGAGUGUGGACAGAGAUUCCGCCGGAGUAGUACCCUUAAAGAGCAUCAAAGCACUCACACAGGGGAAAAAACAUUUCAGUGUCCAGAGUGUGGAAAAUAUUUCAGUCAGGGCUCUCGCCUUAAGCUCCAUCAAAGAACGCAUACAGAUGAAAAACCAUAUAAAUGCGUAGAGUGUGGAAAGAGAUUUAUCGAGAAGGAUGAGCUUACUUCCCAUCAGAGAAUUCACACAGGAGCAAAACCGUUUGAAUGUUCGCAGUGUGGAAAGAAGUUCACUCGUAAGGCAACCCUUACUAGUCAUCAGAGAAUUCACACAGAAGAGAACCCAUUUAAAUGCCUGGAUUGUGGAAAGAGUUUCAGGGACAAUUCUGGCCUUCUUGCCCAUCAAAGAAUGCACACAGGGGAGAAACCAUUUAAGUGUCUGGAGUGUGGAAAAGCAUUUCGUUGGAGGGGGGUACUUACUACUCAUCAAAGAAUCCACUCAGGGGAGAAGCCAUUUCAGUGCUUGGAGUGUGGAAAGAGAUUCAGUGGGAAGGGUGCCCUUCAGGUACAUCAAAGAACUCACACAGGGGAAACACCAUUUCAAUGUCUGGUGUGUGGAAAGAGUUUCAAGCAAGAGGGAAGUCUCACUAUUCAUCAGAGAAUUCAUACAGGAGAAGGAAACCGAUUUAAAUGCCUGGAUUGUGGAAAGAGUUUCAGGGACAGUUCUGGCCUUCUUGCCCAUCAAAGAAUGCACACAGGGGAGAAACCAUUUAAGUGUCUGGAGUGUGGAAAAGCAUUUCGUUGGAGGGGGGCAUUUACUGUCCAUCAGAGAAUACACUCAGGGGAGAAACCAUUUCAGUGUUUGGAGUGUGGGGAAAAAUUCCGGCAUUGGGGUGCCCUUCAAGUACAUCAGAGAACUCACACAGGGGAAAAACCAUUUCAAUGCCUUGAGUGUGGAAAGAGCUUCCGCCUGGCUUCUCUCCUUGUUAACCAUGAAGGAACACAUACAGAUGAGCAACCAUAUAAAUGUAUGGAGUGUGGGAAAAGCUUCAGAAAUACCUCCGCUCUUAAUUCCCAUCAAAAAAUCCACACAGGGGAGAAACCAUUUAAAUGCCUGGAGUGUGGAAAGGGCUUCCAUCGGAAGCGUGAUCUUGCUUUACAUCAAAGAAAUGACAAAGGAGAGAAAUCGUUUAAAUGCUUGGAGUGUGGAAAGAGCUUCAGGUGUACUUCUGCCCUUCUCGCCCAUCAAAGAACCCACAGGGGGGAGAAACCAUUUCACUGUCUGGAAUGUGGGAAAGCAUUUUAUCAGAGGGGAACACUUAAUUACCAUCAAAAAACGCACUCAGGGGAGAAGCCGUUUAAAUGUUUGGAGUGCGGAAAGGGAUUCCGCCAGAGCAGUGACCUUCAAUGCCAUCAGAGAAUUCACACGGGGGAGAAGCCAUUUAAAUGCUGGGAGUGUGGAAAGGUCUUCAGGAAAAAGGAGGCCCUUACCUUACAUCAAAGAAUUCACGCACAGACCUCUUCAGUAGAGGGGUCCAAUCCCCCAGAACAGGCCUCUCCUAGAGUACACCUAAAGCAAGAUGAAGGAUCCUCUGGGAGCAAUGCCUCAUCUGUGGUCCCCCACAAUCCAGUCAACCCUGUCCUGAUCCCAGUCAUGAUUCCAGACUCUCCUUCCACCACCCAGGAUUCAGCAGAGCAGCAAUGGCAGUGUAUCCGGUGGGAUACUCAGAGCCAUGGUGGCAGAGCUCUCCUGACUCCUAGAAUACCAUUUUGUCCAGAGUACGCUCAUGAGGAAGACCCUUCUCAGGAACAAGGGUCUAUUUAUCUGGAGGAAGACCCAGGUGUGACUACCAAUGAGGCAGAGUUAGCUACAACUGCUGAAUCAGGGCCAUCCAGAACAUAUGCUCUCAGUCUUCCCCAGACCUUUCCUUCAUUAAAGCUCCCAUAGAGCAAUCUGAGUCCAGGUAUGGGCCUGAGUCAGGGGAAGCUAUUUAACAGUCUGGAAUAUUACACACCUCAGUUAAGACAAAUCAUUUAAUUGCUGUCUAGGCGAGGGGCAAUCCGUAGAAAUGCUCCUAAUAAUGCUCCUAAUAUGGUGGUCUCUGUUCUCAUAAAAUAGGCCUUAACAGACACCCGACGAUUCAUGUUUCUUUUCGUAAAGCCCAAGAAUGGUUCUGGUUGUAGUGUGAGCUUUUAUAAUGCAUCAAGUGAUGCAUGUGUGUGUUUCUCACACACAUGCACAAGCACAGGGACUGUGGGAUGUGUUUUAGUGAAUAGGAAUAUUCCUUUUUAAUGAAAUUGUUGUGGAAGAGAAAUCAUUUAAAGUCGUAGAAUAUAAUCAGAAAGGUUUUGGGGGGCUUGGGGUAAAUGAAUAAACAUAGAAAACACUUGUGUAUGGAAAGAGCAUGGAAUAUUCCACUUGGUUCUCCAACUGCAUCCUCUCCAUUGACAGAAGUCUUUAGUGGGGAGUCCAUUUUCAUAGAUGUUUAUGUCCCUCUAGAGCCCUCUGCUAGCCUCCAAAAUCUCAUCCAGAGGUUUGGAUGAACGCUUUGCACGGUGUGGGGAGUAGCCCAGGGGGCUGUAGAUGAAUUGGGAAAUUUGGGGGACAUCGCAUACCCUGUUUUCCACAGUCAUAUUCUGCUGACAGCACUGCAUAAGUGUAGGGGGCUAGACUCUGGCCAAACUCAAGAUAUACUUCUUCCCGAGGCAAAGGAAAAGAUGGCGCCCAGAUCCUCCCCAUGUAUGCAACUCAAUGCAAUGGACAGUGGGACCUUCCUGGCCUGAGCCAC